AUGGAGCCUAUAAUUGGAUCCAUUUCUGCAGAUAGAGAGUGGAGCUUUCUUACCACCACAGAGGAGGCUGAUUCCAUGGCACAAUUACUCAAAAAUGAGCGGCUCGACGGGGGGAAUAGUAGUUAUAGUAGUAAUCAGUUGUUUCACCAUGAUUCGAGCCAGCAAGAGAGCUACUACUUUAACGAUUCCAACCCGAUAGCUUCGAUGGAUUAUUUUGGUAUGGCAAUGGCAGAUGCAGCUGCUACAAGCAAUGCUGCUCCAUAUCUGAUUGAAGUUGAUGAUAACACCUGCUUGAACCAAGAUAUGAGUGAUGGUAAUCCAGAUGAUGAUCAGUCUGCUAAAAGGUCGCCGGAAUCUAGCAAGAAUACGCGGCAGACCCAAAUGGAAUCAUCAGAGAUGCAAAUUGCAGAACCAGCUGCAAUAGAAGAUGAGAGUUCUAGGAAAAGGUCGCGGAGUAUGAGCAAUGUUCAGAAUAAUAAGAGAAAUCUGAGACCAAAGAAGAGCCAGAAGAUUGAAAAGGAUGGCAUUAAUGCAACUGGAUACUGGCAAAGCACAAGCCGUUGCUGCUCGGAGGACGACGGGACAAGUGGCUCUCAGGAGUUGAAUAAUGAAGGAGAAAGUUGUAGCUUGAGCUCAAAAGGGACUUCUGCCCUUAACUUGAAUGGCAAAACAAAAGCAAGCAGAGGUGCAGCCACUGAUCCCCAGAGCUGCUAUGCAAGGAAGAGGAGGGAGAGAAUAAAUGAGAGGCUGAGGGUUCUGCAGAAGCUUGUCCCAAAUGGAACAAAGGUUGACAUCAGUACAAUGCUUGACGAUGCUGUGCAGUAUGUCAAGUUCUUGCAGCUUCAAAUUAAGCUAUUGAGCUCAGAUGAUCUGUGGAUGUAUGCUCCCAUUGCUUACAAUGGAAUGAACAUUGGACUUGACAUUAAAAUCCCAACUCACAAAGAUGAAUCUAAGAGAUAA